CACUCAAACAAAAAAAACCAAAUAAGGUCUCUGUUCAUUACGGCGGUAUCCAGUUUGAGUUUCAGACUGAAAUCGAGAAAAAAAAAGGAAAAACAAAAUUUCUCUAAAUCGUUUUGAAAUUCUGAGAAGAUUGUAAAUUUUGUUGAAGGAAAUUUGUAUUGUAGGAUCUAAAUCUGUAGCUGUAGAUACUCGAACGGUGGAUUUUUUAAGAAAUGGAGAGAGAUUUUUUAGGUAUGAAGUCCAAGGAGACAAUCACAAUUGCAGAUGAUGAUGCUAAAGAUAAUAAUACUAAUGUAUUCAUGAGAGGAUCUCCUAUGCAAUGGCCCUUUGCCAACAAGGGUUCACCUACCUUGCCUCAGUUCACGAACUUCAGAAAUACUCAAGAAGAGAGGCCCCAAAAAAUUGUUAAUGAUCCCCUAGGAUCAUCUAUCUUUAUGCCUAUGUCAACUUCAGAUGCUUUUGACGCAAACCAAAAAGCUUAUGCUAAUGCAGUACAGAAAAACUUUAACCUCGACAGACAAGGGGGCAACCAUUAUGCAGCAACAUCAUAUCCAUCACAACACGUUGAUCCGUAUUCAACUCAUCGUUCUAAUGAAAUUAGAACAUUUUCUGUUUCUAAUCACGCUAUUGCAGUUGCUAUGAGCAAUCCUUACUUCAAGAGCCAAGUUUCAACAGCUGGGCAUCCUUUGGCUACUUCAAAUCUUAAGCAACAACCCCUCGGAGGAAUUCCAGUUAUGUCUCCCCAUCAUGUCACUGCUGCUUCCAUCGCCGGUGCCCCUGAUCAGAGGAACAUGUCUAGGCCUGCCGCCGCACCUGCGCAGUUGACCAUCUUCUAUGGGGGUUCAGUGAAUGUGUAUGAUGAUGUGUCUCCUGAGAAGGCUCAAGCUAUUAUGUUCUUGGCUGGAAAUGGGGCUUCGACGACUCCUAAUGUAGCAACUCCCAGAGCUCAAUCGCAGCCUCCAACCCCAAAGGGCGCUGAUGUUUUUCGAGGGAACCAUUCCCAUUCAACACCAGCUGAUGUUUUUCGAGGGAACCAUUCCCAUUCAACACCACCUUGUUCAGGUCUAUCAAGCCCUCUAUCUGUUACUUCACAACCCGGUUCUCAGUCUAUAAGUGGAUGUAGUGGCGCCGACGAAUUGAUGGCUGCAAAAUCCGUAGCAACUAUGGCGACUCCAAUAAGCCAGGCAGAACCUUCUAAAGCAUCAUCUUCGGAUGGAUUUGCUGGAAAUUUAAGACCUGCAGCUGUGCCUCAGGCUCGUAAAGCAUCAUUGGCCCGGUUUCUGGAGAAGCGCAAAGACAGGGUGAUUACUGCAGCACCUUACAGCACCAACAUGAGCAAGAUGCCCCUUGAAAGCAGCAAUAGCCAAGGCUCCAAUGGUGGUGCUGUAAAUCCUGGUGCAGCCUCUUUUCUAAACAACACGAGCAACAAAGAACCGUCAUGGAAUAUGGUGAAGGCCAAGAUUGAAAGAUUAGAUGAAGGAGAUUUACAGACCAGAAGUUGAGAUGUAAACAAGAGAACAAGUGAAGAACACAUUCUUUUGUUUUUAAAAUUUUAGUCUCAAUUUUCUAUCCAAGUCAGGCCUCCAUUGUCUCAUUUUUUUUCUUCUUAUAUUUUUUAUUUUUCACUCUACGCUUAUAUUUUGUCCUACUUGUCUGUGCUCGGAGCAUUUUCAUCCGAUAACACUUGGUAACAAUUUAGUGUUAUCAAUUUAACUUAAUACAGGUAAGCGUAAAUAAUAAUUUCUUCUUUCUUCGUUUUUCA